GGGGGGGAAGAUGGCGGCGGCACGCGGGCUGCUGGCGGCCGGGCUGUUCCGCGGGCGGGUGGCCAUCGUCACCGGCGGCGGCACCGGCAUCGGCAAGGCCAUAGCCGCCGACUUGCUGGCGCUAGGUUGCAGCGUUGUUAUUGCCUCUCGUAAAUUUGACCGAUUAAAAGCUGCUGCAGAAGAACUGAAUAAUACAUUUUCUUCCAUGAGUCCUGUCAAAGUGACUCCCAUACAGUGCAAUAUCCGCAAUGAAGAUGAGGUAGAAGCUUUGGUGAAGUCUACACUAAGUCUGUAUGGGAAGAUUGACUUCCUGGUGAACAAUGGAGGGGGCCAAUUUGCAAGUCCUUCUGAAGCCAUCCGUGCAAAAGGCUGGAAUGCCGUGAUAGACACAAAUCUGACAGGGACCUUCUACUGCUGCAAAGCAGUGUACAAUGCCUGGAUGAAGGAACAUGGAGGAGUCAUUGUCAACAUUACUGCUACCGUGAGAAAUGGGUUUCCUGGAGCGUCGCAUUCAGGAGCUGCAAGAGCUGCAGUGAAUAACCUAACCAAGACUUUGGCUUUAGAAUGGGCCCACAGCGGAGUAAGAAUCAACAGUGUUGCUCCUGGACUAGUUUUUUCAGAAACUGCUGUCGCAAAUUAUGGAGAACAAGGUACAACGAUGUGGUUACAGAGCAUACCAAAGAUUCCUGCCAGGAGGUCCGCGGUUCCUGAGGAGGUCUCUCCGGCAGUGUGUUUCCUGCUAUCUCCAGCUGCUUCUUACAUAACUGGGAUAACUGUGGCUGUGGAUGGUGGCCGGAGUUUAUACGGCCAUGUCCUAGAGACACCCGAUCAUGACAGAUGGCCCUCGCCACCAGAAGGAAAAAAUUCUGAAAUGCUUAGAAAGCUUCUUUCUGGCAAGUUCAAGCCAAAGCUGUAAAAGAAUGAGAUUUCACCUUAUUCCUAGUUGCACACUUGCUGGUAAUCUCGCUUUGUGAUACUGCUUAUUCUCGGUAAUACAUUUUUUUUGCUCAUACAUAACUACAUUGAGUACCCUGAUCUUCACUGGUUUAUAUUUAAAACUUGAAAGGUAAUACAUAGUGAAUUUCUACUCUGAAAACGCUCACUGCCCUGAAAACAUUCAGUCUCCUGGAGAGGGAAGGUAUAAAAGACGAAUUCUCCAUUUGUACAGACAUUAAGAGUCUCAGACAGAAGUGAAUAAAUAAUAAAGAGAGUAGAGAGGGAAUGUUUCAGAAUCCUUCUAUUGCUGAUGAAUUUAGGGAGAAGGUUAUUUAAAUCUCUGUUAUUAGUUGCAUUGGUAACCCUUGAGGUAGCUGUUAGCUCUACCCUAUUUCUGUUCAGCCACACACUGAGUGUUCAACAAUGAUUUGAAGACUGAGUAGGUAUUUCUCUGAAAAGAAUGAAAAAUAAGGCAGAAUACUGAUAUUAAUGUUUCAAACUAUUAUGGCAUAUCAUAUUGGAAAUGUUUUUAAUUGUUUGCAGAUAUAACAACAUAAUGGAGUUAAACUGGUGGCAACUUAAGUUUGCUAAUAGAAUAAUCAGAUAAUAAACUUAAGCUUUAAUUUACAGUGAUGGAAAAUCAUAUAGAUUCAACAAUUUAACAUGCAAAAUCUUUAAUGAAAAGCUGUGGUGCAUACUGUGGUGCUUUCUGCAGUAUGCUCUAUUGUUAAAGCAGAAACUUGGAAUCCUUCAUUUACCUCUUAAAAUGCUUUCUAUCCAUACUGUGUUUUCUUACAGUGUUAAUGCCGUUUUGUUCGUCAGUGUCUCAAAUAGGUGUGAUUUUUGUGAUCAAUGGAGAGAUUUCAUUUAAAAAACAGAAAUCUUGCAAUAUAUCACUUGAAGAGGCUAUAUUUGUCAUUAUUCACUUCUUAAAAUUCACUUCAAAGCAAGUCUUCCCAUGUCUGGUAACUUUAAUAAAAAUAUGAAAAAUAAGUGACGACUGUGUUUGCUGCAAAAACUGAAAUUUGUGGAAUCAAGUUGCUGCUAUAGAAGCGACCUCUUUAAUACUUCAUUUUGGAUUGAAUAUAAGAGUCUCUGCAAAGAGACUCUGUCUGUUUGUUGUCUGCAAAGUGUUUGACCUUUUUGUCUUUCAUUAAAAUAUGGGAACUUGCAUAGGUACAUGGAGAUUGCUUUUUCGUGAAAAUCUGAAUGCCAGUUUGAGGGGAGGGUGUUGGAACCAAAAUGCUUUCUCCUUUUGAUAUGGCCUCUUUCCUUAGUAACUGGGUGCUCAUUCAUGUGGUAUAAGCUUGUACAAAGAUAAAAAUCAGCCUUUUUCGAA